AUGGCUUUGGUUAUGGAACCUAUAAGUAAAUGGACACCAAAGCAAGUUCUGGACUGGAUGAAAGGUCUGGAUGACUGUCUCCAGCAGUACGUGAAGAGUUUCGAGCGGGAGCAGAUGGGGGGCGAGCAGCUGCUGCACAUCACCCACCAGGAGCUGGAGGAGCUGGGCGUCACCAGAAUAGGACAUCAGGAGCUCAUCCUGGAAGCUGUCGACCUCCUCUGUGCCCUGAACUACGGCCUGGAGACAGAGAACCUCCGGACGUUGUCCCACAAGCUGAACGCUUCGGCGAAGAACCUUCAGAACUUCAUCCUGGGCCGGCGGAGGGGCGGACACUAUGAUGGACGAGCUUCCCGAAGGCUACCCAAUGAUUUCCUAACCUCAGUAGUGGACCUGAUUGGAGCAGCCAAGAACCUUCUAGCCUGGCUUGACAGGUCUCCAUUCGCCAGUGUGACAGAGUAUUCAUUACUGAAGAACAACAUCGUGCAGCUCUGCCUAGAACUAACUACAAUUGUACAACAGGAUUGCACAGUGUACGAGACAGAGAACAAGAUUCUCCACGUGUGUAAGACCUUAGCAGGGAUAUGUGACCACAUCAUCUCUCUGUCAUCUGACUCUCUGGUCUCUCAGUCUGCCCAUCUGGAGGUGGUCCACCUCACCAGCAUCAUGCCCAGUGAAGGCCUGGGAAUGUAUAUCAAAUCGACCUAUGACGGACUCCACGUCAUCACCGGAACCACAGAGAAUUCUCCAGCCGACCUGUGUAAGAAGAUCCACGCAGGGGACGAGGUGAUCCAAGUCAACCACCAGACAGUGGUGGGCUGGCAGCUGAAGAACCUUGUGAACGCGCUGAGAGAGGACCCGUGCGGAGUCAUCCUCACGCUGAAGAAACGGCCCCAGAACACCCUAAGCUCCACACCGGCUUUGCUCAGGAACGUCCGCUGGAAACCACUGGGCCUGCAGCCGAUGCCCACCAGCCCCACCAGCACCUCACCAACACCCGUUGGAACUUUAGGCAUGUCUAAAAUGGACGCCCCCAGCAUGCAGGACGUCUACAUCCUCUCUCCUGUCUCUGGACUCUACAGCACCAGGGAGGAGAUGGGUCUGAUGUCAUGUGACGACAUCAGCCGCUACAGCCUGAGCUCCCAGUCCGGCUCCAAAGGUUCCGAGGCAGUCAGCUACUACCUGGACCAGGACAGCGGUCAGUACUUCUCCUUGCUAGAAGGAGAUGGACCCCCAGGGUCCGACUACGACAGGGUCCGAAAUACAGGGGUUCGCCGGCGGGACAAGACCCCCACCCAUGGUGACCUCAGACCAGUGUCCAUGCCUCCCGAAUAUAACUGGAUGGCCGAGGCCAAGGAACCCAGCAUGGGCAAGAGAGGGAGCCGAGACUCAGACAACUCCCUGCUGCGUUACCUUAGCGAUGACAAGAUCCUGGUGAUCGAGGAGGAGCCCGAGGGUCAGAGUAGGGAGAGCCGGCGGGAUUCCACCAGACGCUCCCGGCGCAAGAGCCGCAAUCCCAGCAGCCCCAGCUUUCCCAUCAGUCCCUCCAUGCUGUCCUCCACCCUGCGCCUCGACCAGCCUCCUGAACUGUUGCCCCGAGGUGCGGACACACUGCGAGCAGACACAACAGACCGGUACUCGGGCUCAGGGAGCUCAGGAGCGGCCUCCAUGAGGAAGUCUUUCCAUUACACCUCGCUAAGAACGAAAACCAAAAAGAGAAGUAAAGGUUCCCUCACUAGUGCCAGUCGAAGGAGAAUCUCGUGUAAGGACCUGGGCCACGGCGACUGUGAGGGCUGGCUGUGGAAGAAGAAGGAUGCCAAAGGCUACUUCACUCAGAAGUGGAGGAAGUACUGGUUUAUCCUCAAAGAGUCCUGCCUUUACUGGUACACCAACCAAAAUGAUGAGAAGGCUGAGGGCUUCAUCAGCCUCCCUGAGUUCAGAAUAGACCGAGCCAUAGAGUGCAGACGGAAAUUCGCCUUCAAAGCCUGUCAUCCCAAAAUCAAGAGCUUCUUCUUUGCCACAGAUUGUCUUGAGGAAAUGAACAGGUGGAUGAACCGACUGGGGUUGGCCGCUAUUGGCUACACACCAGAUGACAAGGUGCCGCGUCCCGAUGAAGACUACUGGAGUGAGAGUGAUCAAGACGAGGUCGAUGGCUCGAUGACACUCAAACAGGAGGGACCAUCAACCCACUGUGAUACUUAUCACCGCACACCAUCAGCUAACUUCCUCCACAGUUAUGACCAGUUGCCCCGCUCCGUCAGCUCCAUGAGCCUCAUGCGCUCCACUCCGUCCCCACUGCCUCCACCAAUGAGUGCCUCCACCUCCCCCAUCCCUCCACAGAUGGUCUCUUCCACAUCCCCUCUCCCUCUCCAGGUCAACUCCUCUAGCCCCUUCCCAGAACCCAAGCAUGGCCGGCACUUCUCCAGUGAGUCCACCCACUCCCACUCCUCAGCUGAGGACCAGCGUGGAGACGGGAUGGGCAUGGGCACGGGCACGGGCAGCACCAGUACCCACUCGUCCGGCUGCCGCUCCACCCAUCGUGAGCGUCGCUCCUGGCAGGACCUCAUCGAGACCCCUCUGACCAGUGCGGGUCUGCACUUCCUCCAGACGGCGCCCGGGGAAAGUGACUACGGGGGCCUAAUGGGGAGCAUGGCAGGAGACAUGGGGCUCUACGGGGGCCUGGGCAGACAGGGCAUGUCCCCGGAGAGACGCAGGCAGGCCACGCUGCCCGUACGGAGACACCACGCUGCAGAGAGGGACAGGGAACGGGACGGGCCUUUCCCUCUGGACCGGGGGCCACACACACACAGCCACACGCACCGGCGCUCUCACAAGCAGCGGAGUCAGAGUCUGCCCAGGAACAGGGACCCGAUCCCAGGAAAGCUGCUGCACACCUCGGUUCAUAUGGAGGAGAGGAGCGAGGAUGAAGAAGCAGAGGGGCAGGCUGCAGUCGUUCUCGAGGGUGAGGAGGACCUGCGGGAGUUGAGAGUUGAGAGCAGAGAGAGGAGGGUGUCAGAAGGAAGGGAGCGGCGGGUGUCAGAGGGCCGCGAGCCAGAGUCUUUAGAUGGUCUAGAGCAGCUCUACCGGGCCCUGGAGCAAGCUAACGUGACGGCCCUAGGAGACCCCAGACCUUGUAGCAGGCAAGAGCUUCGACGCUGUUUCACCCAGCGAGCCAGGGACCCACUGCUCAACGACAGGCUACACCGGGUGCGAGCCCUCCGCAGCACCUUGAAGGCCAAAGAGUCGGAGCUGGCGGUGAUCUGUGCCCUCCUGGAGGACCCUGGCCUGUGCUCCCAGACCUUCAGAGAGUGGAAGCAGUGGCACAGCGACCUCUACUCCGACAUCUGCCAGCUCAGCCCCGGCACCAACGGCCAGGACGAGCUCUCCCCGCUGGCCGCACCGCUUAUGACCCACACACACUCCUUCAUUGAGACACACGUGUGA